AUGUGGGUCCUGAUAUUUGUUCCCCUCAAAGCUGGUAGGUGCAGCCAUUCAUGCGGGGACGUGGACGCGCCAUUUCCGUUUGGAAUUGGCCCGGUUGGUUGCUACUGGCCAGGGUUCAACCUCACCUGCGACCACAGCAGCAACCCGCCGCGGCUGUUCCUCGACAGCCAGCGUGACCUCUUCCGUGUCCAGAAGAUCUCCCUCCUAGACAACACAGUGAUCGUCCUCGUCGACGGUGCGAGCACAUUAACGACCAGCAGGUUUUCCCGUGCUAGUGGCAUGUUUGAGCGUGUCUUCACGGGUCGUGGAGACACGCCCUACUCACUGUCGACCACCGGCAACGAGCUCAUUCUCGUAGGGUGCAACGUUCAGGCGUUUCUGAUUGACGACGAGGACAUGACCACCAUCGCCGGUUGCACCUCCUUCUGCCCCGUCAACAGCUCAACUGGCAGUACGUACACCUCGAGGCAGGUACGGUUUGGCGGCAGCGACAGGUACUGCUAUGGCAUCGGCUGCUGCCAGGCGCGCAUCUCCAUAUCCGCGAACUACAACACGGCCGGAGGGUGGAUAAUCGACAGAAUCGACGAGAACCAGGCAACGCAGGGCAAAAUUUCGCCGCCUGCGGCCAUGCUGACCGCGGCGGAGGGGUGGUUCGACCAGCGGCAGGUCUCCGACAUGCUGGCCCGAGACUUUCAGCACCACCGUAGAGGAUUGAGAUCUGAGCUGCAUGUCCCCGUUAUUUUAGAAUGGGAGGUCGUGCAAGGCUUGCCUGGGCGGGCGGCCGACGCCAAGUUGCAGCAUCCAAUGGCGACUUGUCCCGCGGAGGUAGCCAACAGUCUCUGCAAGAGCAAGCACAGCGAUUGCAAACGUGGGAGAAGAGGCUAUUUGUGCCAGUGCAGCAAUGGCUACGUCGGCAACCCCUACAAAAAAGAGGGAUGCAAAGGUGACCGGAAGUCCUUAAGUACAGACCGGAGAAAAUGA